AUGUUUGCUCGAUUGGUUGCCCGCAGGUGGUACUCGCCACUUCCACGAGCGACAAGGCAUCGAUCGUUGCCCAGGCGUGAAUCAAAAGGUUUUGGAAACGAUAACAAUCCAGACUUAUCAAUAAUCAGAAAUGGGGAGCCUUCAAAUACUAUCAUUCAAAGUCACCAUCCAAUCGCCACUACUAUCCUCAAUGAGCCUACAGUGGUCGUUGAAAGACAAAUGGAGAUGAUGAACGUUUUCCUUGGGUUCGAACAAGCUAAUAAAUACGUGAUACUGGAUGCCCUUGGAAAUCGAAUUGGCUACAUGCAAGAAAGAGACUUCGGAAUUGCAAAGGCCGUGAUGAGACAGUUUUACAGACUUCACCGACCAUUCGUGGUCGACGUUUUUGACAACUGGGGAAAUGUGCUUCUGACUAUCAAAAGACCUUUUUCAUGGAUCAAUUCCCACAUCAAAGCCAUUUUGCCCGAUGACAUAGCGCUGGAUGCAAGCGCACGACCUGAAAGUGCAUCUGCGUCAUUUGGCUCUGUUCCUACUCCACAGACUACAUCUACGCUUGGGGAAGCAGGAACGCUGGUUGGGGAAAGUGUUCAAAACUGGCACCUGUGGCGGCGUCGAUACGAGCUCUUUCAGCGCGACAGUAAUGCUGGAGGCUCGUUCAAUCAGUUUGCACAAAUUGAUGCUCCUUUUCUGAGUUUCGAGUUUCCUCUGGUAGACGAAAAGAACAAAAUCAUAGCUACAGUUGACAGAAACUGGGUAGGGCUCGGAAGAGAACUGUUCACAGACACCGGUGUCUACAUUGUGCGAAUGGACUCUACGCGAAGCUUCCAAGGUGUGUACCCACCCGAAAGUCUCAGUGAUCAAAUACUAGACCUCGAUCAAAGAGCAGUUCUUCUGGCUAACGCAGUUUCCAUAGAUUUCGAUUAUUUUUCCAGACAUUCUCGCCAAGGCGGUGGGCUUAUUGGGUUUGGAGAUUACGGAGAAUAG